GAAUUCUUGGAAGAAAAGAAGAAAACUCGUAAAUUUCAGAAAUGAAAGUUUUCCUCUAGCUAGAAUUGAACCCACAACCUCUAGCUUUGUAUUUGACCCCUGAGAUAUGUCACCUUUUAAUAGUUGGUUGCCAAUGGAAACGUUUUAUUAUGUAUAGUAAGUCCACAGUGGGUUAAUGAUUGUAGGACUUGAUCCCUUUAGGCGUCCAUCUUUGAUACCCAAAGUAGAGUCCCAGACAAUACCUAUAUCAGGAAAUGUAAUUGAAAAUUGAUGGUGGUAGAUUGUUUACAACCGCUUUAAUGUUAGGACAAAACGAGACAGUAAACUUGAGGGUUUCAAUGUUCAGAUGUUCAUCACAUACUAUCGAAGUUGACAGAAAUGGAAACCAUGAAACAGAAGCAUUUAUUUACAAUAUACAAGCUGCACACUGUUGAAAACUCGAUUGCUGGCAAGAGAGUUGCUGGUUGUUGGCUCUUGAAGUUUCUCUUAUUUCACAUUGUUCGAUGUUGGACAGACAAAAAAAAUUUCUGGAGGAGACUGGUGGAAUAAGAGGUGGGUGGGAUGAGUAUGACCACGGGACAUUCCUCAAGUUCAAGAACAGAUACAAGGGAAAGAUUAUUUUCAUAAAGCAUGCACUGGUAGCCAUACCCACCAAAACAGAGGAAGAAAUCAGAGACCACGAAGAAUGGUACCAGACAUAUUUAUCCAUGAAUGAGAAAAAGAAGGAGAGUAUUAAGAAAUGGAGGGAAAAGAAAGAGGGUGAAAAGGAAGAGGUGCUAAGUAAAGUAGAAUCAGAAUUAGCAGAGGAUCAACAGAGAGAGGAGCAAAAACAGCAAAGGUUAAAGGAACAAAUCCAAGAGGAGAAAAGACAGAGAUUUAGUCAGCUUAAUGCUUGGAAGGUCCAGAAGGAAUUAGAAAGAGCUCAGGCAGAGGAAAAGAAACUACGGGAAGCGUUAGACAAAGCACAGAAAGAAGAAGAUAUGAAGAAAGAAAAGGCCGAGUUGAAACAGAAAGUAGAAAACUACAAGAAAGAGAGGGAGGAGGAAGAGAAAUUUUUAGAGGAACAAAAGAAGGUUUGGGAAGAAGAGGAAAAGGAAAGGCACAGACAGAAUUCUGCCCGAGAGAUCCACCGAUUUAGGGACAGGGACCAACGUAAAAUACAAGAGAAGCUUGCAAAGGAGAAGGAAAAGGAAAAUGAGAAAAUACAGAAACGGCUAGACAGAUUAAGAGAACAGGUUGAUAUUGAGGUUGAUCGCGAUCCUAGCAGACUGUUGAAACCCACAGCAGAAUGGACAUCUAGACUAAAGGACAAGGGACCAUCAGGGUCAGGACCCGUCAUACAAAUGCCACACAGGUAUAUACUUCAUAGCUCAUAUAAGGUGUAUAUUUGCGUAAAUAUGAUUUGAGGGUAAAAUCAAGUAUAAAGAUGUGCAUAAAAAUGGUUUUUUUAUGAAAUUAAAAUUAAGUAUUACGAUAUGCAUUAGAAUUUGUAAUUACAAAUGACACUUGGAUUACGAUGCAUAACAUUGGCCAUUAAAACCGAUACUAGAUCGAAGUAUGACUGUACGAUGCAGGUGAGGAAUUACUUGACAUCACUUAUAAAUAAGUACUUUAAUUUACAAACAUGGUGAUGAUGAAGAGUCCAUACUUCUUAGAAACUGGGGG